UAUUUAUUCCUCGCCCCGAAGGGGACUCAGAGCGGCUUUACCGAACACACACACGGCAAAUAUUCAGUGCCUGAUUCUACAAUUAAGAAGGACAGACGACACAGACAGAGACAGGUAACCUCUGAAAGAACCUUCUGAAGAACACUUUGCCCUUUGUUUUAGGACUGAAAUGAAAGUACACAGCACUGACAACAAGAAGAAAUAAGUUGGAGAAAUUAUAUUUCAAGCUACAUAUCUGUGUAUUCAAGGAGGAAAGGAAGGAUUGUGCUGUAAGAAAGAGGGGCUUGGUAAAGAGGAAAGCAGACUACAACAAUCAAUACAAAGACUCAGAAGAUGAAAACUUGUCCUGUUCAGGAGUACAUAUCUCUGAACUUCUGGUAUAAUAUUUGAAUCAUAAAUGUAAAAGAAUGGAAAAUCUCAAUUCCUUGUCAAAAUCACACACAGGGGAGGAACUACAUAAUUGAAUGGACUGUGGGAAAUGCUUCAUUUGGAGGAGUUCCCUUACUAAACUUCAACUCACACAGGAGAGAAGGCACAUAAAUACAUGGAAUGUGGAAAGAGCUUCAGGAACAGGGCAAAUCUCCAUACCCAUCAAAGCACCCUCACAGGGGAGAAGCCACAUAAAUGCUUAGAAUGUGGAAAGACCUUCAUUCAGAGGGGAGAUCUGCAUAUCCAUCAAAGGACCCACACAAGGGAGAAGCCACAUAAAUGCAUGGAAUGUGGAAAAAGCUUCAGUCAGAGUGGACAUCUGCGUACACAUCAAAGGACCCACACAGGGGAGAAACCACAUAAAUGCAUGGAAUGUGGAAAGAGCUUUAGUCACAGUGUGAGUCUGCGUUCCCAUCAAAGGAUCCACACUGGGUAGAAGCCACAUAAAUGCAUGGAAUGUGGAAAGACCUUCAGUCAGAGUGGACAUCUGCAUGUCCAUCAAAGGACCCAUACAGGGGAGAAGCCACAUAAAUGCAUGGAAUGUGGAAAAAACUUCAGUCAGAGUGGACAUCUGCGUACACAUCAAAGGACCCAUACAGGGGAGAAACCAUAUAAAUGCAUGGAGUGUGGAAAGAGCUUCAGUGAGAGUGGAAAGCUGCGUCUCCAUCACAGAAUGCACACAGGGCAGAAGCCACAUAAAUGCAUGGAAUGUGGAAAGAGCUUCAGUCAUAGUGUGAAUCUGCAUACUCAUCAAAGGACUCACACAGGGGAGAAGCCACAUAAAUGCAUGGAAUGUGGAAAAAGCUUCAGAGUGGACAUCUGCGUGUCCAUCAAAGGACCCACACUGGGGAGAAGCCACAUAAAUGCAUGGAAUGUGGAAAGAGCUACAGUCGGAGUAGCAAUCUGUGUUCCCAUCAAAAGACCCACACAGGGGAGAAGCCAUAUAAAUGCAUAGAAUGUGGAAAGAGCUUCAGUCGGAGUGGGCCUCUGCGUAUCCAUCAAAGGAUGCACACAGGAGAGAAGCCACAUAAAUGCAUGGAAUGUGGAAAGAGCUUCAGUCAGAGGGGAGAUUUGCAUAUCCAUCAAAGGACCCACACAGGGGAGAAGCCAAAUAAAUGCAUGGAAUGUGGAAAGAGCUUUAGUCAGAGUGGACAUCUGCGUGUCCAUCAAUAGACCCACACAGGGGAGAAGCGACAUAAAUGCAUGCAAUGUGGAAAGAGCUUCAGUCAUAGUGUGAAUCUGCAUACUCAACAAAGGACCCACACAGGGGAGACGCCACAUAAAUGCAUGGAAUGUGGAAAGAGCUUCAGUCAGAGUGGACAUCUGCGUACCCAUCAAAGGACCCACACACGGGAGAAGCCACACAAAUGCAUGGAAUGUGGGAAAAGCUUCAGUGAGAGUGGACAUCUGCGUGUCCAUCAAAGGACCCACACAGGGGAGAAACCACAUAAAUGCAUGGAGUGUGGAAAGAGCUUCAGUGAGAGUGGAAAGCUGCGUCUCCAUCACAGAAUGCACACAGGGCAGAAGCCACAUAAAUGCUUGGAAUGUGGGAAGAGCUUCAGUCAGAGUGGACAUCUGCGUACCCAUCAAAGGACCCACACAGGGGAGAAGCCACAUAAAUGCAUGGAAUGUGGAAAGAGCUUCAGUCAUAGUGUGAAUCUGCAUACUCAUCAAAGGACCCACACAGGGGAGAAGCCACAUAAAUGCAUGGAAUGUGGAAAACGCUUCAGUCAGAGUGGACAUCUGCGUGUCCAUCAAAGGACCCACACUGGGGAGAAGCCACAUAAAUGCAAGGAGUGUGGAAAGAGCUUCAGUGAGAGUGGAAAGCUGCGUCUCCAUCACAGAAUGCACACAGGGCAGAAGCCACAUAAAUGCAUGGAAUGUGGAAAGAGCUUCAGUCAUAGUGUGAAUCUGCAUACUCAUCAAAGGACUCACACAGGGGAGAAGCCACAUAAAUGCAUGGAAUGUGGAAAAAGCUUCAGUCAGAGUGGACAUCUGCGUGUCCAUCAAAGGACCCACACAGGGGAGAAGCCACAUAAAUGCAUGGAGUGUGGAAAGAGCUUCAGUGAGAGUGGAAAGCUGCUUCUCCAUCACAGAAUGCACACAGGGCAGAAGCCACAUAAAUGCAUGGAAUGUGGAAAGAGCUUCAGUCGGAGUAGCAAUCUGCAUUCCCAUCAAAAGACCCACACAGGGGAGAAGCCAUAUAAAUGCAUAGAAUGUGGAAAGAGCUUCAGUCGGAGUGGGCCUCUGCGUACCCAUCAAAGGACCCACACACGGGAGAAGCCACACAAAUGCAUGGAAUGUGGGAAAAGCUUCAGUGAGAGUGGACAUCUGCGUGUCCAUCAAAGGAUCCACACAGGGGAGAAACCACAUAAAUGCAUGGAGUGUGGAAAGAGCUUCAGUGAGAGUGGAAAGCUGCGUCUCCAUCACAGAAUGCACACAGGGCAGAAGCCACAUAAAUGCUUGGAAUGUGGGAAGAGCUUCAGUCAGAGUGGACAUCUGCGUACCCAUCAAAGGACCCACACAGGGGAGAAGUCACAUAAAUGCAUGGAAUGUGGAAAGAGCUUUAGUCACAGUGUGAGUCUGCGUUCCCAUCAAAGGAUCCACACUGGGGAGAAGCCACAUAAAUGCAUGGAAUGUGGAAAAAGCUUCAGUCAGAGUGGACAUCUGCGUGUCCAUCAAAGGACCCACACAGGGGAGAAGCCACAUAAAUGCAUGGAGUGUGGAAAGAGCUUCAGUGAGAGUGGAAAGCUGCGUCUCCAUCACAGGAAGCACAUAGGGGAGAAGCCACAUAACUGAAUGGACUGUGGAAAGAGCUGCACACAAGGUUCAGCCUUCAUUACACAUCAAAGAACUCACACACAGCCAGAGUACCCCUUCCUGUAUGUUUCCUAUUUCUCCUAACAAAUUUCCCCACUUAAGGGUCCCAGACAGAAAAAAAGAGAGAAUGGACAGAAAAAUGAAGGUUGCCACCUUGAUCUGUAUCUGUUGUGUACAGCAGUUUCUGGCGUCUGGCUUAACUGAUUCUGGGGGUAGGUCUCUCACAGGGGAGGACUUAUCUCAGUAUUGCAGCCAGCUUGGAAGGGGUUAACAUGGCCUUUUCCUCCGCAAGAAAAGCAUUGCAGGCUUCUGAGAUGAUCUGUGAAGGCUUUCUGAAAUGAGCAGCACCUGAGCUCUCAAGAGAAAAACUCUGUAUAUCCAUCAAAGGACCCACACAGGGGAGAAGCCACAUAAAUGCAUGGAAUGUGGAGAAAGCUUCCGUCAGAGUGGCAGUCUACGUUCCCAUCAAAGGACCCACACGGGGGAGAAGCCAUAUAAAUGCAUAGAAUGUGGAAAGAGCUUCAGUCACAGUGGUAGUCUACGUUUCCAUCAAAGGACCCACACAGGGGAGAAGCCACAUAAGUGCAUAGAAUGUGGGAGAAGCCACAUAAAUGCAUAGAAUGUGGAAAGAGCUUCAGUCACAGCAAAACUCUGCAUAUCCAUCAACGGACCCACACAGGGGAGAAGCCACAUAAGUGCAUAGAAUGUGGAGAAAGCUUCAGUCGGAGAGACAAACUACGUUCCCAUCAAAGGACCCACACAGGGGAGAAGCCACACAAAUGCAUAGAAUGUGGAAAGAGCUUCAGUCGGAGUGACCGUCUACGUUCCCAUCAAAGGACCCACACGGGAGAAGCCACAUGAAUGUACAUAAUGUGGAAAGAGCUUUAGAGAAAGUUCAGCAUACAUUAGACAUCACAGAACUCAUGCGCCGCUAGAGGAGACGGGCCUUUGAGUUUCUGAGCUCUCUUCAAAAGAACAUUGGAAGGAAAGAGGAAGGCCACCCCCUUGCUGUCUCUCUACCAUGAACUGCAGUUUGCUGCUGACAGGUCUCACUCAGAGGGGGACUUUUCUCAGCAAGAUUUGAAGGCAUUCACCUAACCUCCUCCACAAGGAAACCCAUCACAGGCUUCUAGGAUGGUCUGUGAAGGUUUGCUGAAAUGAGCAGAAGCUGAGAUCUCUGGAUAAAAAGGGUUCUGAAAAAGAAUAGCUCUUUGGUAGCAGAUUACGUCAUAUCUUGAUACGCUUGUCUCAUGUCUUGGCUCUACUGCCCCUCGGUUAGAAUUUUGGGCUCCAGCCAUGUACUUGUAACCCUUUUCUGGACUUUGUUGUGUCCUGAAUCUUUGACUAAAUUCUGGACUGACUGCCUGGUUUCAUUUAUGAACCAGGAUUUUGUUUGUAUCCCUGACUUUUUGAGUUGUCUUUGAGAAUUCUGUUUGUACUCUUGAUUUUUUGGUUGUUAUUUUAUCAUCUCUGUCGAAUGAACUCCGGGCAUGUGACUAUUGGACUAUUGGCUAUUGUUUUUUCUUGCUCCUGACCUGGAUCUGCCGUUCUUGACAUGUCUGCAUUAAUUGGACUCUUGACCUUGACUUGUGUUCACUGUUACUCCGACUGUGUUGAUGCAAUUAUAUUAUUUUAGCAGGACUCAAGA